AAAAUAUUUACAAAGUUAUAAGAAACUAAAAGAAAGUAAAGUUUUGAACAAUUUCUGCAACAGUUUUUCUAAAUUUUGAUAAAGAUAAACAUAUUCAAGGAAUUUGUAACUAAGAGCAAAUCAAUGUGAUUGAAAAGUUUCAGUCAUUAUGAAAAAUCACAAAAGGGAUAACAGUUUGAUAUGGGAAUAAAUAUAUUUAAGAUUUUUUUACGAUAAUUUGGAUUCACAAUCAGACAUUGCAACAUUUUUUCGUUAUAUCUUUAUUUAUGCUUUCGCAAGUGUGAGAAAGGAAUCGACGUAGCGGUUCAUUUAUAGCUUUCGUGGAAGAAGGAUAAUGCUUAACCCCAUUAAAAGCUUCUUCAACUACCUUCAGAAGAAUGCCACAAAAACAACGAAUGAUUUAAGUAUGAACGACGAAAUCAACGCAUCACCUGAGGGUGUUGAUUGUGGAAAUUUUGACGAUCCAUUAACCGAUCCUUUGGCGAUCGAUGAUGACUUUACCGUGUCUAAUGAAACCUUCCUUAAUAUUCCAUUGGAGACAGAAAGGGAUGUAACAAUCGAUAAAGUGAUUUUUGUUGACAUUGAAAAAUUGAAAUGUAAAGACAAUGAAAAUUUACAAAAUGAAGAAAGUGACAUAAAUGGCAAUGACAGAAAAUUGUCAUCAACAGACGAAAUUAUUCAAAGAAAUGGCGAACAAAGUUCAAUUAAAGACGUUACAAAAGAUGUUACUGACAGCAGUUUUGCAAUAAAUGUAAAUAGUAGUGAACCAGAGCUUGAAGAUGUCACCGACACAUCAACUCUUCUUGAAGAGUUUCGCAGUGAUGGCUCUGAUUCUGGUUUAGGUUCUGAUAGUCUUCGUAGCAUUACUGAAAUUGAAAAGAAUUUAGCGACAUUAACACCAUCAAGAAGCAGUUUAAAGAGACGAUCAGCUGAUAAUCUUAAUAAUGAAAGCCUAGUGAAGAAAUCAAAAAGAAGUUUAAAUUUUGGUGAUGUUACUGUUUUUUACUUUCCAAGAUGUCAAGGCUUCGGCUGUGUUCCUACACAAGGCGGCAGUACUCUCGGCAUGACAGCUAAACAUGCGUAUAAAAAGUCUUUCACAUUAAGUGAACAUGGCAUCGAACAACGACGUCUUUAUCGGUUAAAAAUUGCUGGUGAUGAAUUGAAUGCAAGUAGCACAUCAAGCGAUGAAUCGAAGAGUGAAGAUGACAUUAGUGAGAAUAGUUUAUCGGAAGGGGACAAUGAAGCAUAUGGAUUCUUACAACCAGUGACAGCACGACAAAGACGUGCCCUUCUCAAGUCAGGGGGUGUAAGAAAAAUCGAUACAAGUGAGAAGGACGAAUGUCGAAUGUUACGAACAUCGCGAGAAGUUUGUGGAUGUACAUGUCGUGACUAUUGUGAUCCAGAUACAUGUGAAUGUAGUCAAGCUGGCAUUAAAUGCCAAGUCGACCGAUUAAAACCUCACGCUUUUCCAUGCGGUUGUACACGUGACGCCUGCGCAAAUGUUAAUGGAAGAAUUGAAUUUAAUCCAGCGAGAGUUAAGACACAUUUCAUUCAUACGAUUAUGAGAUUGGAGCUUGAAAAGCGUCACGAAUUCUCUGAAGACUGCACCAAUAAUACUAGUGUCAUUCAUCAAAGCCAUUCUAAAUGGUGGUCUCAAAUGCGUGUUCAGCAGCAGCAACAGCAAACACCACAUCAAGCAGAAAGUAGUUGCAGUUAUACUAAUUAUUCAUCUUAUAGUAAUGGCAUUGCAGCGUCAUCAUCACAAUAUCCCACUAAAAUUCCACCAAUUUCAACGAUGGUUGCAUCAGGACAGGAAUCAUUAGAUUUACAUUACGCUUAUCGCGAGGAAUACGAAAGUGCCAGUUCAUCUUUUAAUAGCAUGAACAAUGGCGAUUAUUAUACAAAUUAUAAUAAUUAUCACAAUGUCUCAUCAUCUUUACCAACAUCAUUGCAGAAUGUUUAUCAAAAUGGAUAUCAAGUUGGAUUACAUCAAAACCCACAAAUUCCUUCAUAUCAACAGCAUCAAUUACCACAAUCAACAUUCAACAAUGAUUGCCAAUAUUCAAAUUACACUCCAACAAAUGCCUCAAAUCGAUAUCAUCAUCCUCACAAUCAGCAUUCUCGUGUUGAUGUGAAUGGAACUUCGUCGCAUGGCUACGUAUCAACAAACUAUUCUUCUACUCAAAUUCACAAUGCAACUACAACAAAUAAUGUUGUUAGAGUCAAUUAUCAACAAACAACAGAUCUUCAUUGUCCUGUUGAUGAUAAUUUCUGCUCGAUUACAACAUCAACGACAACAGCAUCGAACAACACCAAUGAUAGUCACGACACACAACCGCAAAAUGAAACAAAUGAAAAUCUCAGCGAAAUUAUAAAGAAGUCAAUUGUGGAGACUGUCACCGCUUAGUCCUGGAAUAAUCAUUAUUAGCAUCAUCUUUACUAUAAUUGGAACUAAUAUUAAUUCAACAUCACCACCAUCUAUAGCAUUAAAUUAAAUCAUACUGAGACAUAUGAAAUUAUUUCAUUUUUACACUCGAACGUGACCUCAUCAAUAUUACUUAAGUCUCAAUUUCUUUCUUUUAUUUACUUCCGAGUUUUUUUUUUGUCUAUCGAUACAUGUUACAGAGCUAGAAAUAGAUUCGUAAAAAACUUUUAAAAUCAGCUUUAAUCUUUGUUUUGAUGAAAAUUCGAAUUUCUGUUCAUGUACCGAGGCCUGAUGUGAACUCAAUGUGAAAGAGAUGAGAUGAGAAAAUGAAAGCUCAUGAGAUUUAAAUAGACAAGUUAGGUAGUUACUUGAGUAAGAAAAAGCUUUUCAUGAAUUCUUCGAAAAAAAUGAGCUUUCGAUUACUUUUCCAUUAUUUUCUGUUCUGAACUAGAGAAAUUAUAUCAACAGACAACUUUUUGCAAUAUCAGCUUUCUUGCUUAUGUUGGCUGAUCAUAAAUUUCUUUUUAAGCAUGAGAAUGGAUAAUAAUUUCAGUGAAGAUGAAUAAAAAAACUCAAGCAUGCAUAGCCAGGUUCUCUUAAAUCUUUAUAACUCUUUUGCGAAUGUUUAUCUCAUUCUUCUUCGCUAUUUUUGAUGUUGAAUUUGUGCUUUCUUUUCUUUCUUAUCAUCUUAACAACAACAAGAGAGAAAGAAAAAAGUGAGAUGGAAAGAUCAAUUAUUUAGUUUCGUUGUCUAUGAAAUAUUUAAAUUAAUAAAGAGUAAUUUGUUACAUCCUGUCAUCUCUUUAUUAAUUUGUAAUUUUGUAAAUAUUUGUAGAAUAAUUUAUUGAGUAGGUAUGAGAUAAGUCGUUGAUAUUGUUGAGAUUUUUUUUCAAAUAAUUAAGACGAAAAUAAAAUGUUUGUUGAUGUAUUUGUUGGAUGUUAUAUCAUGAAAUAAUUUUAUAAACAAUUCUAGUGAUUUUCUAUAAACAUCUGUUAAUGUUGCGGUCUGAUUCACCUUCAUUUUGACACUCGCUCGAUAUCAGUUUAUUGACCCUUUAAAAUAAAAACAUUUGAAAAUGAAACCAUGAGAUGUCAUUUUUUCAAACCGAUGUCAAUUCUGAAACAAUUGUUUUAGAAAAAUUACAAAAUAACAUCAAAGAAAGUUUAUUCUUGUGACAUAACAUUCGAUAAAACCCACAAACUCAAAAACUCCAUUCAGUAAUUACAUUUCCAAUUUCAAUUUAAGUUUAUUUUUCUUCUUUUCUUUUUUUGGCAUUGUACAGCCAUUUAGAUUCUUCUGUAAUAAAUAUUUUGAACAGUUUCAAAUAGAAGUUUUCUUUUCGAAAGAACAAAACAAAACAAAAAAAAACAGUUGAAUAAUAAAAAAGAAAGAAAAAUAAUGUCGAAAGAAAAUUAUGAAAUGAUUGUUUUUCCUUUUUCUUAUUCACAUUAUUGGACAUAAUUGGCUUCGUGAUAAGAAAGACAGAAGAAAGACAUUGCCCGGUGUCGUUAAAAGCAUUUCGUGAUUGGAAAUUUAAAUGGAACAUCAAGGAAAAUUAAUAUUCUAAAUCAUCUUCUGGGAAGUGAACGCCGAACAAUUUUCUUUGCUUGUCUUGUACCCGAGCAAGUCUCAAACUCUCUUCAUGAGUCACGGAUGGACUUUCAAUUAGACCGUCAUUUAUGAGUCGUCUAGCUUCUUCCGCUUCAAAACUCAAACCAGCACUGUUCUUAAGUAGAAAGUCGUAACGAGCCUUCGGGAGAUCCCAGCUUUUAAUGGAACCAUCAACAUCCGUUAGUUUUAAAGGACACCAAAAAUCGGGUAGCUGUGGAUGACAAAAGAAAAAAGAAUGAGAAAAGAUACCAUUUUUGUAUGUU